CUCGUCAGGAAACACCAUUUAAAUGCAGAGUGAGAGUGUGCAGUUCUUCUGGAUUCAACACGACUCAAGCACAAUCAUCACUCCAAGCCAGGAACUUAUAAGCCAUUUUCUCACAGAAAGGACACCACAGCUUGAGCGAUGUGUGGAAUCUUUGCCUACCUGAAUUACCAAGUGCCUCGCACCAGAAAGGAGAUAUUUGAGACGCUGGUGAAGGGACUGCAGAGACUGGAGUACAGAGGGUACGAUUCAGCAGGUAUUGCUGUGGAUGGCCCUGACAAGACCAGCACGGACAUCAACAGCAACACCAUCUGCUUGAUCAAGAAGACGGGGAAGGUCAAGGCUCUGGAUGAGGAAUUAUACAAAAAAGACACACUGGACUUGGACGCAGAGCUGUUCACACAUUUUGGCAUCGCUCACACUCGUUGGGCCACGCACGGAGAACCCAGCGCUGUCAACAGCCACCCUCAUCGCUCCGACAAGGAUAAUGAGUUUGUUGUCAUCCACAAUGGCAUCAUCACCAACUACAAAGAGCUGAAGGCUUACCUGAUCAACAAAGGCUACGAGUUUGAGUCAGAGACGGACACAGAAGUGAUCCCCAAGCUGAUCAAGUAUGUGUAUGACAACCGCGAGAGUGACAACAUCUCCUUUUCCAAGCUGGUGGAGAGAGUCAUUCAGCAGCUGGAGGGGGCCUUUGCUCUGGUGUUUAAAAGCCGUCAUUUCCCUGCAGAUGCUGUGUGCACCAGGAGAGGAAGUCCGUUGCUCAUCGGGGUGCGAAGCGAGCAUGAGCUGCUGACUGAAAACAUCUCUGUCCAGUACAACAGUGGUCACUCGAAGGAGGGAGUCAUCGAGAAGAACAGCCAUAACCGACCUGACUGCUCAGACUCCAUCAACUCUGUGGGGGAUGGAAGGGCUGUGGAGUAUUACUUCGCCUCUGACGCCAGUGCCAUCAUUGAGCACACCAACAAGGUGCUGUACCUGGAGGAUAAUGACAUUGCAGCGGUUACAGGAGGGAAGCUGUCCAUCCACAGGAUGAGCCGGCAGGCCGGUGAGGAUCCUGUGAGGGCAAUCCAGACCCUGCAGAUGGAGAUGCAGCAGAUCAUGAAAGGAAACUUUGAUGCCUUCAUGCAGAAGGAAAUCUUCGAGCAGCCAGAGUCGGUCGUCAACACUAUGAGAGGCCGAAUUUGUUUUGAUUCCAACAAAGUGGUUCUCGGCGGGUUGAAGGAUCACCUGAAAGAAAUCAAACGCUGCAGGCGGCUUAUCAUGAUUGGCUGUGGCACGAGCUUUUAUGCUACAGUGGCUACAAGACAGAUCCUGGAGGAGCUGACAGAGUUGCCGGUGAUGGUGGAGCUGGCAAGUGACUUCCUGGACCGGAACACCCCUGUUUUCAGAGACGACGUUUGCUUUUUCAUCAGCCAGUCAGGUGAGACAGCAGAUACAUUGAUGGCACUGCACUACUGCAAGAACCGGGGUGCUCUGACAGUUGGUAUAACCAACACAGUGGGCAGCUCCAUUUGCAGGGAAACAGACUGUGGAGUCCACAUUAAUGCAGGACCUGAGAUUGGAGUGGCAAGCACCAAGGCCUACACCAGUCAGAUUGUGUCUCUCAUCAUGUUUUGCCUGAUGAUGAGUGAGGACAGGCUUUCCCUACAGAACAGAAGAACUGAGAUCCUCAAUGGCCUCCGGGUGCUUCCUGAAAUGAUUAAGAAGGUGUUGACUCUGGAUGAGAAGAUCAAGACCAUUGCCAAUGAACUGUAUCAGCAAAGGUCCCUUCUGGUAAUGGGCCGGGGUUUCAACUAUGCCACCUGCCUGGAGGGGGCACUGAAAAUAAAGGAGAUCACAUACAUGCACUCAGAGGGCAUCCUGGCCGGGGAGCUGAAACAUGGUCCUCUAGCUCUCAUAGACAAAGACAUGCCAGUCAUCAUGGUCAUCAUGAAGGACUCCUGCUAUGUGAAGUGCCAGAAUGCUCUGCAGCAAGUCACUGCUAGAUCGGGUCGGCCCAUCAUCCUCUGUUGCCAGGACGACCAUGAGGUGAUUAAGAAUGCCUACCAGACAAUUGAACUGCCACAAACUGUGGACUGUCUGCAGGGAAUCCUCAGUAUCAUCCCUCUGCAGAUGCUGUCCUUCCACUUGGCCGUCUUGCGAGGAUAUGAUGUUGACUGUCCCAGGAACUUGGCCAAGUCAGUGACGGUGGAAUAAAAACAGUUCAUAGAACCCCAAAAAUGAGAGAGGAGGCUCAUAGGUUUACAGUGCAAUUUUACAUUUGAAAUUUUAAUGUGUGAGUCUGAGUGCGUGUGUGUGCGUGUGUGUACAUACAAACGCUUGUGAGUGUGGGAUGAGGUGAAGCAGGGCCUGUGUUUGUGUGUGUGUGACUGAACGAGUGAAUGGUGGUAAAGAGGGUGGUAUAUGGUACAGUAGCAAAAAAAAAAGAAAAAAAAGAAUAAGAAGAGAGAAAUGUGAAGUCUGACCGAUAUACUGCUGAGGACGUGUCAGUGCCACUCAGGCCUUGCGGAACAGUCUAUGAAAACAAUCACAAACAUCCAAAGAAACAUGCUAUGCCUUUAUUUUUUCCAAAUCUCGAGUUGAGCCAAAAAAAAAAUGCAAAAGGUAUAUUGCAGUGUUUACAGAUGUGCAAUAUUGGGACCAAAUGUGCAUUAUGAAUGUACACAAUCAUGAAUGAGAUGAUUCAUACUCUUCCUGUUUUAUGAAUAUCGUAUGUCCGUACGGAGCAUCUUAAACAUUUGUUGCACAAGGGGAAAUGUAGUACUUUCUGUUUUAGAUCUAUAGUUAUCGUAAUCAUAUAUAUAUAAAUUUUAUAUGUUUGUUGGACAUUCUUGCAGUCACUGUGCCGGGUGGGUUUUUAACCCACUAAUUUCAGUCGUCUUUUUUCUACUCCAACUUUUAUGCAUUCAUUCUUUUUUUAAAAAGAUGUUUCUGCUUCAUUUAUUACAUUCCAUUUUAAUUUAAAACACAUUGAAUGUCUAUGCUGUUCAACAGAAUUGCAGUUUCCAAAGUCAGUUCAUGGUUGAACUGGAACCUUUUACCGUGAUUUUUACUACUUUUGUAUUGACAUUUCUGUGGGUUAAUCAUAAUGAUAAUCUGUAUUUAUCUGAUUUUAUUUUAUAGGGCCUAAAGAGAGGGUUUGAUUUAUAUCUAUAACUAUGAUUGUAUUUUAUACUGUAUGUUUUAUAGACGGACACUAUCAAUCAAUAAACAAAAAAGGCUAAGCAGUCUGCUCUAUCUGCGUUCAGUUAUUCUUUUUUUCUACUUGUAGUAUGUCAGUCAUAUCAUUGCAUGCCAACAAGUGGGCCCUUCAUGACCAGUUAUAAUAUCAUCAGAAAAAGCAUUAGAUUUCAUUGAUGACUAGUAAUAUCCUGGAUGUUAAAAAUAAAAAUGUCACUAGAGCACCUUCAAAGGUGUUGCAUGCACCGUCAUGAAGGAAACAUGUUGUUAUACAGAGCCUUUUUCAGGGGUUCGGGUUAAGGAUAGUGUAUGGCCUUACUUCUGCACUUGUCUCUGUUUUAUUUUUGACUCUCCUGUAUCUACUUCUCUUUAGCUUUUUUUUAUUAUGUUGUGAGUUUUAUAUCUUAAAUAGUUUUGUCUAUGUAUUAUCUGUAGUAUUUGUGCUGCUAUCUUGACCAGUACUCCCUGGAAGAAGAGAUCUUGCAUCUCAAUGGGACCUCCCUGGCUAUAAAUAAAGGAUAAAUAAAUAAAAUAAAAA